AUGCGCUUCCGCACGCAAUUAAAGGACACAAAGACCUUCUCAAAAUUAACGGCCUCACUCUCCUCUCUCGGCAAAGUAUGCUGGAUGCGACUGGAGUACGAUGUGGUGCGCUUCACCAUCAUCCCAGACCAAGGAACCCAAGUAUGGGCUCAGAUACCUGUUGACACAAUCUUCGAAGAAAACACCUACGAAAUGGAAUCCAACUCCGAAGCAAUAAACAUCGAAAUCAACAUCUCAAACCUAAACCGCGCCCUCCGCUCAACAUUCGGCUCAUCCCAAUCCCAACUCCGCCUCACAAAAAAGGACAAAAUGCCCCUGUUAGCUCUAACAGUCCUAUCAACCGACUGGACCGAAGGAAACAUGGCCCUAGCCACCGAAGACCAAGACCAAUCCAGCGAGGUAACAGGAGAUCGACGGGCCCGCGAACGCGAAACUCGCAUCACGCAGGAAAUUCCUAUUAAAAUCCUGCACGAGUCGGCUGUUGAUGGGCUUCAUGAACCGCAUUGUCCGGACCCGGAUGUUCAUAUUAUUUUACCCGGGUUGGCGCAGUUGAAGAGUAUUUCAGAUCGAUUUAACAGGCUUGCGUCUACGGAUUCGAAGAGUAAAUUCCAGCAGACGGGGAUGGUGGGGGCAGUGGAGUCGUCGACGACGGGUGCGAAUUCAAAUUCGAAUGCGCCUACUUCGGGAUCAGGCCUUUCGUCAUCUUCAGGGCCCAAAUUGGAAUUAUCGGCCAACAUGCAUGGGAAAUUGAAACUUGCUAUUGUGACGGAUGAGUUGAGGAUUGCGAGUGUUUGGUCUGCAUUGGUGAAUCCGCCUCUUGAUCCGGCUCAUAUUUCGGAGCAGCAGUUGUCGCAGUUGCCGAGUGAGCGGAUGCGGGGGGUUGGCGAGGAUGAUGAAUCUGGUUGGGCGAAGGUGAGAAUUGAUGGGAAGGAUUGGAGUCGGGUUUUGAGUGUUGGAAGGCUUAGUCCGAAGGUUGUUGCUUGUUUUAUAAAUGAGACGGCUCUCGUGCUUUAUGUUUACCUACCUGGCAGUUGGAAUGGGGAAGAGUCGUGUUUGACGUAUUACAUCAACUCGUUCGCAGCAUGA